AUGCAUCCUCCUCACAUCAAUACUGACGCCAUGUAUCUUCCUCACAUCAAUACUGACGCCAUGUAUCCUCCUCACAUCAAUACUGACGCCAUGUAUCUUCCACACAUCAAUACUGACGCCAUGCUUCCUCCUCACAUCAAUACUGAUGUUAUGUAUCCUCCUCACUUCAAUACUGAUGCCAUGUAUCCUCCUCACAUCAAUACUGACGCCAUGUAUCCUCCUUACAUUAAUACUGAUGCCAUGCAUCUUCCUCAUGUCCAUACUGACCCACAUCAUGAUGUAAUUUAUGACACUGAAUGUUCUAUUCCCAUGGCAUUCCCUUUUAUAAAGUUCUAG